UACCAGCAAUCUGCUGAGUCUAUUUGAGUCAAUGCCUUGAAGGAAUGCUGAAGAAUUUCUUUAUUGGGAACAAUGAAGUAUAGGUAAUAAUUGGGAUAGUCAUAUCAGCAAUGCUUGACAGGUCGGUGUGGGUAUGAAAAAGACUGUGCAGGGUUGGCGUCCGGUGGCAGCAGCUGUGUGGUUGUGUGCGGAGGAGAGCUAUUCUUCACUGCGAGCGAGAGAGAAACAGACAGGGUACACAACCAUAAAAACACACCAGCUUCAGCCUGAUCAAACACCUCCACCACUCACUGCACUCCAACUGCUUUACGAGUGCUGGGAUCUGCGUGCAUCUGUGUGCUGCAUUAAAAUGUAUGUUGAUGUAAAACUGAUGAACACACAUCACAUGUUCUGCUGAUUACCAAGUAUGAUAGUGCUUAAUGUAACCUGACUUCACUCUAUAACUUUCUCUCUCUUUUUCUCUCUCUUUCUCGCUCUCUUUCUGUGUGUGUGUGAGUGCAUGCGCUUGUCUGCAUGUGUGUUGUCUCUCACUCGUGUUCUCGGAGGCCGAGGGGGAGCUGCUAGCAGAUGGCACUGGCAGACUGUUACUCUUAGAGAGAGAAAGAGAGGAACAGAAGAAAAGAGCAUGGCAGAUAUCUGCCCACACUGACCUGGAGUAGAAGAUAGACACAAUGAAUGGCAGAGAGAGACACUAAAAAGGUGCUGGCACCAGUUCAGUGGUCGUAACCCUGUGCCAGGCUGGGCUGCUUUUGGCAGCCGGAGAACAACCUGGCAAACAGAAGGAAGUGAGGAGAGCGGGAACGGUCGGACGAGGAAUGGAGAAAGGAAGAGUGAAGUCAUUUGGAUGGAGGGGCAGGGUUGGGGGGAUCAGGACCUGGCUCUGACGGCCCUUUUUGUGCCCUGGCUGUAGUUGGACUUGUGUGGACAUGUGUGUUUGUCUAAGUAUUGGUCCACUUAUUGGGGUCAAGGUGCUCCUUCGGGAGGUGAUGGACACACAUGCGGGCAGUACCCAGCAAAAAAGAUGGCCUUGACGUCACACACCCCCUCUGUGGCUAUGACAUCGACAGCAGAAAAAAAAGACAAUAAGGUGAAUGUGUAUGCGUCUGUUUGAGAGAGAUGGGUAAAAAAGUGUGUGUCGGGAAGGUGGGUGGGGGGUGGUUACAGUUAAUACACACCUCAUCCUUACAUAGGAAGGACUAUUGACAUACUCCGCCAACACACGCACACACACACACAGUUCAGACUACAAAUCAAAUUCAGAGCGAGAGAGAGAGAGAGCGAGAGCAAAGGAGGAGGAGAGAAAAGGAUGCUCUUAGCAGGUGCCAAAUAUUGAGAGAGAGGAGAAAGAGAGAAGCACACAGACAGAGUGAAGGGGAUGAACACUCAGCUACAGGUUUUCACACCAACUGUCUCUGGUUCGUAAUAGUCUUUAGAGUUUGGAAUUGUCUGGGUGAAUCUGCUGCACGAUGCUGUGCUCGGCUGUCCUGGCAAUGCUGCUGGUCCUGCUGGCCCCCCUGGAGCCCAGCCACGCCCGAAGCUUGCACACCCCCGACCAGGCCAUGCAGGUCAUUGAACAGUUCCUUGAGCGUUACAAUGACCUUUUGACACUAGAUGACCUUGAGAAUCUCACCAAUGACCACGCAGACGAACCUGUGCAGGCGUUUAAUUCAGGGGUGAAGGUGGCGGAAUAUCCCAAAUGGAUUGACAUCCCUGCGCAGAAUGAAAACUCCUGGCUCCGUCUCCUAAAGGGUGCGCUGGCCAAUCAGAAGCGAGCUCCGUCAGACCGGUCUCGAAGAGGAUGGAACCGUGGCUGCUUUGGCCUAAAACUUGACAGAAUCGGCUCUAUGAGUGGCCUUGGCUGCUAAUGACGGACAGAGAGGACAAGACUAAUGAGAGGGGACUGUUGUCUUGCUAAGUUUCAGGUAGAGAUUGCCUCCAAAACUAGAUCUAGAGUCAGUUUCAUCUGUCCAAAUUUACAAACUCAGAUCAGAUACUGGGGGCAAAUUCUAUCAGCUCCUACUGAACAUGUGGUGGAAGGCUCAAUAACUACAUGGUGACCUCCUUACGCUGUUUCUUUCACUCCACUUACUGUGUCUUACUGUAUUGUAAACUGGUUUGUUAUAAUGAAGUGGUGUAACACUUUAGCGUUGACUCGAGAUCUGUCUGUACUGUGAUGGUAGAGGAGUGAAAAUUAAGCUCUGUUUACAUAUAUUACUAUGUUGUUCGAUAAUCUAAGACAGUUUUAUUAUUUAGAUCAUAGGGAACCAUUGCCAACUAUAUUUGAGACUAUUUUGAAGCAUCUGCAUGUUUUAUGAGCAUAAUUAACAUGGUUCAUUUUCAUGUUUAUGCAUAUAUAUAUUUAGCAUGAAUAAAAUGUUUCCGAAACCC